AUGAUUAAAAAUGGCAUAAACAUUCUUCAUUUGAAUAACCCAAGAUUAUAUUUGAAUUGCCACCGAUCAAUAUCUUCGUAUGUUGUAUUUGGCAAGCUACACUUGAAGCACAAGGAGAUCAAUGUCCGUCGACGUGUCUUGAGUGAUAGCAAUCGUUUAAACAAACAAUCAAUUAGAAACAAACUGACGAACGAUGGUAGUGGAAAUAAUACGGGCGUAGGCGAUAAAGCAUCAUCGACAAAAGCAAGCGUUUCAGAACAGUCGGAAUCAAAGCAAUCUGAACCAGACAAAUCUGCAAAACAAGCUCUGAAACAAACCAAAUGGUUAGAAUCUCAAACGAUAGUACCAGAGCCAAAGAAGACUGAAAGCAAUGCCACAAAUUUAUCUAAAAACAUUGAAGAUGAAAAACCAACAGAGCAUGGCGCAUCUAAGCCAAGUGUAUCCAACGUCAAGAAUCAGUUAGACCAAGAUGAACCUAUAGAAGAAAUUGAGGACCCCGAUGGAAUCAAUAAGGAUGACUUUCUCACUACUAUAUUUGAGAACAUGGAGCCUUAUAUGGAUACAUAUAACGUUUACACGCAGCUUGUUAAGGCAGGAUUCAAGCCAGAUCAGGCAGAUGAGAUAAUAAAUUUGUUAAUAGUACAAUUAAACUCAAAGCUUUCGAAAUUGUCUACUAAGUAUUCACAGCUAUACGAAUUAGAGAAUGAGAGAUAUCUCUUCGAAAGUGCUCAACAAGAACUUAGAGUUGAUAUUACCAGAUCGAGGGAAUCGCAUAUUAAUGAAUUAAUCAACUUAAUUAAUAUUUUGGAAAGGGAUUUUAAUAUAAUAUCAGACGAAUUGAACAAUGAAUUCAUUCAAAUGAAGAAUGACACCCAAGUGGCGAUGAAUGAUCAGAACUCUGAAAAUACUUUACAUGCUAAGAAAAUACGAUUGAGGAUCCAGGAGACGAACCAUAAAAUAACCACAGAGUUGAAUUCUGCAAUGAGAUCUGAAAUUGAAAGUUUGAGGUGGCAUAUCUCUAGAUGGGGUUUAAUGGCUAUAUUGGUGUCAGUAUUUUCGGGUUGUGCAGUAUUCUACAUUAAUAAAGUUAAGACUAUGAAACGAUUACAGAACACAAAUGAAUUUGUUCCCUUAGUUAUAUAUGAACCGAGCGAGUACGAUGAGGAUGAUUAUCAUACUGAUUUAGAUGAGAGUUUAAUUAGUUAG